AUGGCAGCGUUAGUCAAUUGGGGUGGUACUCGUUUAGAAACACUCCGCCUUAUUCACGCCACGCGGCAAGAACUAGAAGAAGUUAAUCAGGAACAACUUCGCCAAUCACAAGCAGCUUAUAACCAAUCUCUUAACCAAAUUAAUAGUGCUUGUCAAAGUAAUUUAAGCCAAAUUAGAAAUAGUUUUAAUAACGUCCAAGUUGGCGAACCAGUUUGCCGCUACGGACACGAUAAUAACAUUCAAGUUUACAAUAAGUCAGGAGAUCGAGAGUUUGCCGAGCAGGCUAGGGAGAGAACCCGCAGAAUGGAAGAAGCUAUUCGGGAACAAGAACGACAAAAACAAGAUAUGAUUAAUCAGAUAAUGCAAGCAAGAAAUAAACGUGAAACGGCUUUUCGCAGAGAAUUGGACUUGCGAAGAGAAAAUGAUGAAUUAUUGUUAAAGCAGCAACAAUUAGAGAGGGAAAUUAAUCUUAAAAAACAAAGGCAAGACUUAGAAGACCAAAUUAAUUCCAGUGCUAGUUCGCGGGAAACUAAUCUAAGGAACCAAAGCAAUCAACAAGUCCAAGAAUGA